ACAGAGGAAGUUAUGAUAACACCGAUAACAGCCGUAUUAAAUAGUCAUAUCAACUAACUGUUGAUGAGAUGUCGGAUUAAUCAUUUUCAUUUAUGAAGAUGAAGAAAGUCAUCUUUUUCGGCUUUAUCAUAUGUUUUGCGCUUGGAAAAGUCUCCACUGCUGAAGUGAGACUCGUCGGUGGACCAACAUUAUAUCAAGGGAGACUAGAAGUUAGGAAAAGCAAAAGUAAUCCCUGGGGUACCGUUUGCGACGAUCAAUUUGACAAUGCCGACGCUAGUGUAGUUUGUAGAAUGCUUGGAUUUGAUAAUACUGAAAGCUCGUCAAUAAUAGAUCCCAACAGAUUUGGACCAGGAUCGGGUAAAAUCCUAUUGGAUGAUAUGAAAUGUAUUGGAAAUGAAUCAGAUGUGUCAGACUGCGAAAAAAACAAAUGGGGAGAGAGUGAUUGUGGUCAUACUGAAGAUGUCGGUGUCAGCUGUCUUACACCCGCAAGGCUUAAAAAUGGGCUUCCUCCACAUUCUGGUAGAGUAGAAAUCCAGCGGAAAGGUUCUUGGGAAUCUAUUUGCUAUGAUGGGGUUAACCAAAAUACCGCUAAAGUUUUAUGUCGAAUGAUGGCUUUAAGCACCGGGGAUGUUGAAAUAAAGCCGAAUGAUAGCAACAAGAAUAUUUCAACAAGUAAAUAUUCGUGUAAUGGUACCGAGAAAGAUAUUUUACAAUGUCAUCUUUCAAAAAGUCAGUGUCAAACUGCAAGAAGUACUAGCAUCAACUGCCGAACUGAUGUGCGUCUAGCUGGUGGGCCUAAUCAACAGGAAGGAAGAGUUGAAAUUUACUUUCAAGAUAACUGGGGAACAGUGUGCGAUGAUUCCUUCGAUGAUAAUGCAGCUUCAAUUGUCUGUCGCAUGCUUGGUUUUAAUCCAAAUGGUGCAAGAGCGAGAGGCAGACAUUUUUACGGACAAGGAAAUGGAAGCAUUGUCAUUGAUAACUUACGAUGCUCAGGAAAUGAGGCGGAUAUCUCAGAGUGCAAGUCAAACAUGUGGGGGUCUCACACUAAUUGUGAUCACAAAGAGGAUGUUUCGGUAGAUUGUCGAACUGAAGUCCGUCUAACAGAUGGCCCAACACGAUAUUCAGGUCGCAUAGAAAUUAAAUCAAAGUUUUCAUGGGAUAACAUGUGCGAUGACUCGUUUGAUAACAAUACAGGAAUUGUCAUCUGUAAGAUGCUCGGAUUUGAAAGAGGUAACCUCACUAUUCACAAAAAUGCUUACUACGGUAGUGGAGCUGGAGACAUGGUUAAAUACAAACUGAAAUGUCAUGGAAACGAAACGGACAUUGUUAACUGUAGACAUGACCCUAUAAGUAGUUGUACUGGAAAUUCUAAUAUAGGAAUUAAUUGUUAUUCAUUUACUCCUAUUAGGCUUCAAGGGGGGCCAACAACAUAUUCAGGUAGAGUGGAAGUGUACCUGAAAGAACAGUCGAGUUGGGUUGGUAUAUGUAACGAAAACUAUGGAUUUACAAUUGACGACGCAAGGGUUCUAUGUAGAAUGCUUGGAAAACCUAACAUGAAUCCAAGUUUCCAAGAUGCAACCAAUAUUUAUGACUAUGUAAUACGGGGUGAAGCAAUAUCUGAAAUGAACUGCAGCGGGUCUGAGCAAGACAUAACCGAUUGUGUGUCAGAUAAACGAUGGUUGGAAACAUCUUGUAACUAUCCAAACUAUGUUGGAAUCAAUUGCGAGCCUGAAACGAAUGUGCGUUUGGUAGAUGGACCAUCUGUGAAAGCAGGAAGAGUUGAGAUUUUAUAUAAUGGUACAUGGGGAGGCGUUUGUGCUGAUGGAUUUGACAUUAAAGAUUCGGAUGUUGUCUGCAAUAUGCUUGGAUAUACACAAAAAUCGUAUCUACUUCAAAACGAUGAGUUUUUGCAAGGGAAUAUUUCUACACUGGUCACAAACGUACAAUGUAAAGGUCAUGAAAGGGAUAUUUCGGACUGUAGAUCAGAACGCUGGACGUCUGGUCAUUGUAGAAGUGGAAUAAAUGUCGGCAUAGCAUGUAAUAGCACAGUCCGUCUCGUGAAUGGAACGAGUGAACGCUCGGGUAUAGUUGAGAUUUAUCACAAACAAAAAUGGUGGACAAUGUGUAGUGAUAACAUCGAUGAGAAUGUUGCUGAUGUUGUAUGUCGAAUGGCCGGGUUUAGAUAUUGGAAUGCAUCUGUUCUUGAAGGGUCCUCGUUUAGAAAAGAUGCAAGGGAUUUCUUGAUCAAUCAAAUUACAUGUAAUGGUAGUGAAUCUGAUUUGGCAUCAUGUAACACUUCGCCAUGGAAAAACACGUCUUGUAGUAGUGAUCUUGCUGCAACAGUUGACUGCAAAAUUCCUCACACAUUAAUUCGUUUAGUAGACGGUAAGACCAGGUAUUCUGGUCGAGUACAGGUGUUUCAUAACAACAAAUGGGGAACUAUAUGUGCGUCACCGUUUUUUAAAGAAAAUGUCCAGAUAUUAUGCUUAUCUCUUGGAUACAAUUUUACAAGUGACAUAACUCAUUCGUACUACAGUUCAUAUGAUAACGUCAUGAUUUCGAACAUGAAAUGCAGUGGAAACGAAACAGAUAUCUCCGUUUGCCCGUCAGACUAUUGGGACACGGGCAAUGGAAACUGUGCAAGUUCCUACCAAUCUGUUGGCAUCAACUGCUUAACAACAGUUAGACUUCAAGGUGGCCGCACUAAAGCUAUGGGCCGUGUAGAAGUACAACACAAAGGAUCCUUCGGCACGAUAUGCAAAGAUAAUUUUGCUAAAAAUAACAUACCUGUGAUAUGUUCCAUGUUGGGUUAUAACUACACAAAAAAAUACUCUCCAGUUAGCAACGAAUUUCACAAUGGAAGUUUACCAAAAAAUCUUAUUCAAAAUCUACAAUGUAACGGCGACGAAAAGGACUUGCAACAAUGCAACUCGUCCCCAUGGGAGUUUGGAACAAACUGUUCCAACAUUAACACAGCUUCUAUCAGUUGUAAUACUCCUAUUCGACUUGUUGGUGGAAAUAACUGGCGAUCAGGACGCAUGGAAUUGCUGUUUCAAGAGAAAUGGAUUGACGUCUGUCACGUUGACAAUUCAUCAUCUUUGAAGAUAAGUAAAGUCAUAUGCAGGAUGAUGGGAUUAAGUACAAGAACAAUGAAGGUAUUCAACAUUAAUGGCAAUUCCUCGUCAAGUGGUAACAUAAGUUGCACGGGAAACGAAAAAGACAUAUCUAUGUGUAGUAUACAACCCGAGCAAUGUUCAGCAUCAAGUCGUUUGGGGAUAUCAUGUGAAACUCAAAUAGAAUUGAUAAAAGGCAGAACAGAUUACAUGGGGAGCGUUUCAUUUGAUUUAGACGGACGACCAGAAGUUAUUUAUGAAAUAAGUAACAACUUGUCAGCAGAUGUUGUUUGCAAAAUUUUAGGAUAUAAUUUUACAAGAUAUAGCCGAGUUCAGACAAACAAGGAGCUUAGGACUUCAAGCGCAUGCGUCUACGGUACGCUUAUGACUUUGAGUUGUAACGGAAAUGAAACAGAUAUAUAUGAUUGCAAAGACAGUGUGUGGAAUUCUGAAAGUUCUUCUUGCUAUGAUUUAUAUUCUGUUGUAAAUUGUCAGACACCUGUUCGGCUCACAAACGGAAUAGAUUAUCAAUAUGGGCAGCUUGAGAUAAUGGAAAAUGACUCUUGGGUUCCAGUUUGUAGUCAAGGAUUUGAUCUAGAAAAUGCACACGUUGUGUGCCGAAUGCUUGGUCAUAAACAUGUUGAAAACACGACUACAAUUGGUGAAGCACUUAGCCAAGGGCCUUUUGUAAGUGGUAAUAUUCAAUGCAACGGAAGUGAGGUAGACAUUUCAGAAUGUAAAAAUCAAUGGAUAAAGACAAAUUGUUCAAACAGCGGUGUUGUCGUCGUUGAUUGCAGAUCAAAAGUAAGAUUAGAGAAUGGCCCAACAAAAUUUAAAGGACGAGUUGAAGUACUUUAUAAAGGGAAAUGGGGAAGCAUAUGCGACUCAGGGUUUAGUCAAACAGUGAAGGUCAUAUGCAAAAUAUUAGGCUUCAAUUAUGCUGGUGCUAUCGUUCAUUCCGGACGGGCAUUUAGCAAUGAUUCAACUCAACGUGAGUACACUAUUCAAAAUCUAAAUUGUGUUGGAACAGAGGAUGAUAUAACGGAAUGUCCUGCUAGUGAAUGGAAGAAUGGAUUGAACUGUUAUAAUAACAUGCCUUUAGAAAUCGAAUGUAACACACCGGUGUCUCUACAAUCCGGUUCAAACGAGAACAUUGGGUAUGUGUAUGUCAACUAUCAACAAACUUCCCGAAGUAUAUGUGGAGAUAACUUUACACAAAAUGAAGCAGACGUUAUUUGUAGGAAAAUUGGAUCUGAAACAUAUCAGAAUGCCACCAUUUAUUAUGGAAAUAAGUUUGGUUAUACCUACUCGCACUAUCCUAUAAAUGAACUGAAAUGUGUCGGACACGAGGAUGAUUUGCAGGAAUGCAAUUCUCUUCCUUGGAAUGAAACUACACGGUCGAAUUGCAAUAAUUCAAACACAGUUGUCGGUGUGAACUGUCGCCCAAAGACACCUAUUCGGUUAACUGGUUCACAUGAUUCUGGUAUAGUUGAGAUAAAUUAUCAAAACAUUUGGGGACCAAUUGGUUACAAUAAUUUUGAUAUAAAGGAUGCUAGCGUUCUUUGCAAUAUGUUAGGUUUUAAAAUUGGUUAUCCUGGCAUUCCAAUUGAUACAACUGACGAUGCAACAAUUUAUAACUUGCAAUGCGAUGGUACAGAGUCUGAUGUGUCCGAGUGUACAUCGUCAACAUGGUACAGCAAGGGUUACGGUUGUCCUGAAACAGUGCAAGGAGAAAAUUUUAAAGCUACAGUUAUAUGUUCAAAUGAUCGAGUGCGUCUAUCAGAUGGUGUAAAUGAUUAUCAAGGACGAGUCGAGUUUCAAUCUAUUGGUAUUUGGGGAACAGUUUGUGAUAACAAAUUUAAUCGCCUUGACGCGGAAACUGUUUGUCGACAAAUAGGAUUUCCAUCGGAAAAGACUGCAACAUUAUACAACUCUUCACGGUUUGGAAGCUUAAACAGCAACUUAGUGGUUGAUGAAAUGAAGUGCAAUGGUACGGAAAAUGAUUUAGACGAGUGUGGUUCGUAUCCUUGGGCUGCAAACAGUUACAGAUGCCCUAGCGGCCACAUGGAUGCGGGAGUUAAUUGCCGACCAGUCACACCUCUCAAACUAGUAAACGCAACCAACAAAUAUUCUGGGCGUGUUGAAAUCGAAUAUAAAGGAUCAUAUGGAACAAUAUGUGACAGAGGAUUCGAUGAAAAUGAUGCAAAAGUGAUUUGUAGAAUGAAAGGUUUCAACCCAUUAAGUACCAUCGCUAGAAAACACGCAUUUUAUGGUGUGGGGUCUGGGAGAAUAAUAGUAUCGGAUUUGCAGUGUAACGGUGACGAGAAUGAUAUAUCUGAGUGUAAAACAGAAUACAAUUACCGAUGGGAUAAUCCGUAUCCGUACUGCACUCAUGCACAUGACGUAUCAGUCCAAUGUAAUACGCCGGUUCGUCUUCGUGGUGGAUGGACAUUAUACGACGGAAUAGUUGAAAUUUAUAUAAAUGGUUCUUGGACAUCUGUCUGCCAUGGUGACUUUACACAGGUAGAUGCACAAACAGUUUGCCAACUAGCUGGGCUUAACAAAAAUGGUAUAAGGCCCCAUAAUGUCACAAUAUUUAAAGGUCAAUAUUUUGGAAUGAAAGGGACACCAACACUUGGACGUCUUGGUUGCACCGGUAACGAGGACGAUCUGUACAACUGUGGGACCUCAAAAUGGACAACGGAACGGUAUUCGUGUAAUCCACGGGAUAUUGCUGCAGUAAAUUGUCAACCCGUAACAAAAAUCAGGCUGAUGGAUGGUGAAAAUGAAGUUAAGAGACCUACUAAAGAGACAGACAAUAUGAAAGGAAGAGUAGAGGUGUUUUAUAAUAAUGAAUGGGGAACAGUCUGCGAUGAUCAGUUUGAUGAUAGCGAUGCUCAAGUUCUCUGUAAUAUGCUGGGCUUUCCAUUUGGAAAAGUGGUUAAACAAACAGGAUAUUGCAAGGAAAACAAGUGUGGAAACAUUCUAAUUGAUGAUCUCAAUUGUCUUGGAAUAGAAAAAGAUAUAUCUGAAUGCAAUGCGAGAGAAUGGGGAACACAUAACUGUGAUCACUCAGAAGAUGUAUCUAUCAGAUGCUAUAGCAAAGUUAUAGACCCUUGUAAUGCAUCAGAAAACGUGCGAUUGCCUAACCUUGAAUUGAGAUAUGUUAACAUAGACACAACGCAUUUACCCAAGUCAAUCAACGAUUCGAAACUGCCGUUUCGCUGGUAUAAUGUUGGAAAUAAUACAAUGCCAAUAAAAUUAGAUUCCAAUAAUAGAUGUGGGACGCACCUUCCGAUAUACAGUUCUUCCUCAGUUGAGAAAAUUGGUGCAAAUAAAACUGCUACAUUUAAAGCUGUUGAAGUUGGGAACACAGAUGUUUUUUAUGACAUUGAAAUGAAGAACUGUGAUGACCAAUUUUAUGUUUAUAAACUAAGACCCACGGGUAACGAUGAAAGCGGAUACUGCUUCGGUGUGGGAUCAAAAGAGACGGCACCAACAUUUGUACCACCUAGCGUAUCUGUUUCAUUAGUGGCGAGCAAUCGUACAGUUUCUUUUAAAUGCAAGUUUGACCCUUAUGCUAAAGAAGACUAUUAUUAUCAAGUCAAAUGGCGCGUUGAAGACAGUUCUACAAAAGUUUUGACCAAGCAGUUUUUCAAAAAAGAUAACUUGGAUGGGCUUAAACUAACAGAGGACGACUUUCUAACAAAUAAUAUAGGUUUAGGAAUCAAUAUAUCAUGUGCAGUGCGGGCAUACAAGUCACGUGAUGGACUGCCAGGAACUUUAUCUUCCUAUUCAAAAGCUUCCUUUUUCGGCAUUGAGGUUCGCACGCCAUACAUUAGUCUUAGAAAUGGCGAGACAAAGUCGAUUGAGCUGAUUAACUUUGUACCAAUUAUUUGUCACACUGGAAAUGAAGAGGUGGACAAGUUUUUGAAUCAAGGAACAAAUUGUGAUGUUCGACUCCAAUAUUUUUCACCACAAUAUGGAACCUGUUCUGAUGGUCCAUCGUUCAAAGACGGAUGCGAUACCCAUAUAGCUAAUAAAGAUGUUGGCAACAUAAUUCAUGUUAAUAUAAGCUCGGCCGAAAAGGGACAAUAUGGAGUCUCAGGGCACUUCAAAGUCUACCUGUAUGUUGCAGCGAAAGAUUAUAUGAAACUUUGGAGCAAAACCUACAAACUGCCUGUUAUAAGUGUGGAUGUUUUGCCUGAGGAGCAAACAGAUUGGCGGGGUGCUAUAUGCAGUGCUAGAAAUGAUCCUCAUAUGUAUACAUUUGAUCAAAGAGCUUACGAGCAUCAUGAACAGAGUGGUGAAUAUAUUCUGUACCGACAUAAGAUUUACAAAACAGUUGAGAUACAACAUAAAAUAGCACCGUGUACAGGUGAUGACCAAUCGGCACAAUGUAACUGUGGAUUAGCCGUAAGAGCAGGCAGAGAUGUCUAUGUAAUUAAUGUGUGUGAUAACUUGCUCGUAAUUGGACUCACUCAUUGCGGCGACGAAGCGUUGACUAUUAAGAAAGAAAAUGAUUUUACCUACACAAUUUAUCUUCCUUUUGGAACGGCCGUAAGAGCAAGAAUUGACAAUCAGCCAUUCGCGGGCCAAGAAGGUGGAAAGGUUUUAGACAUAAAUAUUUUACCUUCAGUCCAUGACAAAGGAGGGAACAGCAGAGGUUUAUGUGGAACAUUAAAUAACAACACAAGAGACGAUUUUCAUCAUAAGGAUGAAAAAAUUGGAACUAUUAACAAUAGAACAGAAUUCAUAAGAAGUUGGAAAGUUUUGCCCAGUGAAAGUCUAUUUUCACUGCAAGCGGUCAAUGCUAGAGAUUUAGAGCCGUGGGUGUUUCCAAUGUGUACUUGCGCUUCUGAAACUUCGAACCCUCUGUCGUGUAACAGAAGCAUAUCCGAAUGUACACCCGGAAUACGAACCGGGCAGCACAGUUGUGGGGAGGUAUCAUCGCGACGGUCUGUUAGAUCUUUGACAAAGAGACCAAUAAUACCGAUUGUCCGGCGGACUGAUCAUUAUGCCAGACAGCAUAGAAUUAUCAGAAGAGAGAGUGACGAGAGAAGUUGGAACAGGGAACAGGCAACCACUCAUUGCAGGGAAUACUUUUCAAACUUGAAAGCCUUCGAGUUAUGUCAGAAGAUUCCAUCAACGCACACUAAUAUUUCGGAAGAGAAUUGUAUUCUUGACAUUCUGCUUACAAAUUCAUCUAAAUGGACAAGCAUAUCUAAACAAUCGAUGUUGGAUACCUGUCAAACAGAAAUCCACCGAAAUGCAAGUGUGAGACAAGUGUUAAUAGAGAAAGCGAAGAAUGCAACGAUUGCGGCAAACACAAAUUUAAAUAUAGGAACCACACUUCUCCCUCCAGCAGAGAUAAACGCGAUAGAACAAGUUGAACAAAUUAUACAAGAUAUCACUGAAUUAUCAUGUUUGAACAACUGUUCUGGGAAUGGAGCUUGUAAAAAUGGAACAUGUUCUUGCAAUAAAGGAUUUGGUGCAACUGAUUGCUCCUUGGAUAUCAAUAGACCCCCGCGACUACAAGCUAUUCUUGACAACGGACUAUGUGAUGAAAAUGUCUCCGAUUGUACUCAUAUUUAUAUUUUUGGAGAAAUCUUCGUUGGAACUAAUUUGACAUGCAAAUUACAGGAAUUCAGAAUGGCAGUUAAUGAAACACGAAAGAACACGAAAGUAUACCAUAUAAAAGGAAUAGCUGAAUCACUGAUAGAAGCAAUGUGUCCUAUAGCACACAUUAGCACAUCCAGAAAAAGAAGAUCAGUCACCAGUCCUGUAGGAUCUCAAGUUGAUUUUGUCCAUGGUUAUGAAGUUUCUGUCAGUAACGACGGAUUAAAUUACGGAAACAAAACGUUUGAUGUAUAUGUCUUUGAUUCAACUUGUCAAACCUAUAAUAACCGGUCCGUGGGAAUGACCUUUGGACUGAAGGAUGGAUUCUGUCACAUUGAAGGGAAGUGUGUACAGAACGGCACACUAUCCAUGCACCAAACUAUGAUAUGUGAUACACGUAUGAAUAAGUUUAAUUGGACGUUAAAACAAACUACAACAACCGAACGGGUUACAUCGCCAACAACAACUUCUAGUUUCAAGACAGUCAAUCCAAAUAAAACUAUAGCUGAAAUAGUAAAGUCAGAGCCGGAUCUUGCUGCGUACAGGAUAGAGCUGACAAUUGAUGUAAAACUCGAUAGUUCCCACGAUAUCAGCAAACCAAACAUAUACAACGAGGUCUUGAAUGAAACAAAAACUUCUCUGAUGAAAUAUUAUCGACAAACACUUGGCCUUGGACUUAAGGACGUUGUUAUAAUUUCUCUAAAGAAUGGUAGCCUCAUUGUUAAGCAUGCAGUUAUUGCAAAGACGGAUGAUUUUGUCAUAAAGGCAUUCUCUUAUGCAAUUACUGGUCUGUCAAAUGGAAAACAAAUAAAGCUAUUUGGAAACUCUCACAGUGUCUCAAAUGUGGAGAUUGAUGGGAGGAAAGUUGGUGUUGAAUCAGAACAUUUCCAGGACUUUCUUCUUUGUGAAAGUUAUACACAACUGCACCAAUGCAUGGAGCAUGAAGAAUGUGUAGUGGUGCAAGGUGCUGCAACAUGCAAGAAAUUAUCUCAGGAGGCAUCUGAAGGUAAUACAAACAUGAUCAUCAUAAUCUCGUCUACUGUUGGUGGAGUCCUUGUUAUUGUCAUAUUUGCGCUGGUCACGGUCCUAUGUUGUAAAAGAAAGAAAAACAAGAAUGGGUUGAAAAAUCGCAGACAAACAACUGUCCAAAACGAGUACGAUGGCAUCCCUCUUGAUUCUGUAUCAAGAAGUGAUGAUCGUGGAAAGAAACAGGGUCAUGACAAUAGGGCUUACAAGGGCGAGUCAAAAGAUUCAGCAGUCGAUGAUAUGACUCUUGGUUCCGGAUCAGUGUAUAAUGACGGGUCCUACGUAGAAUCCAAGGACGGUUACAUUUAUUACUAUGGAAAAAACAAACAGGAUGAUCGAUUAUAAUCAAAACAAAAACGUUGAUUUUCAAAUGAUUACAAACAUUUUAGAAGUUUUCAGUUUUUAUGAAUAAUUCAAUAUAAAACUGUGUAAUUGUUAUUCUAUUUUAUUUGCAAAUAUUGCAAUUUUUUUAUUAAUCAGAAAUUAAAUAAAUUAUAAUAUACUAACCUAGAUCAAUUGAAGAGAGAUAGGUAUUUUCUUACACAUUUAAAUAUAAAAAUAAUGAGGUUAACAACGAAACAAUAAUCGGCGAGCUCGAGAUAACCUAACCUUAGCAUAACAUGCAUUAGAACAUUGCAAAUUCCUAAAAAAACAUCAAAAAUAGCUGGCACCAAGUCUUGACGAUAACAAGGAAUCGUUGAUUCAAAAAUUAAGAUAUCUUAUUUAAUUUUUAUUUUGUCAAAUUUAAAAAUGAAUAUUGUAUUUACAUGCAUGUACAAAUAAUUAAUGAUUACAAUAAACCAACGCAAAGUGGCGGCAUGUCUGAGUGGUUAACGCGUCGGACUAGUAAUCUAAUGAUCGCUAGCUGCAUGGGUACAAACCCUGUCAGGGGCAAGUCGUUGUUUCCUUGAGCAAGAAACUUUACUCUCAUUGCUCAGUACUGGUUGGUUCCAGGAACGGAUUUGAAAGUGUAUCUAUAAGCUUAUAGCUUCCUACACAAUCGAACUAAAAUUAAUUCAGUAUAAACCAAACCAACACAUAAAAAAAUUGUUACUAGGUGUUAAAACGUUUGUGGUGCUGUUUGUAGUAUCUUUAGUCAGCAUUUCAUGAUUUAUUACUAAGCCGGUGCGGCCGGGAGUUUUUUGGUUGUUUAGUUUUUUUCUUUGUAAAAGCAAGUUUGCAUAAUAAUAUUAUUGUUGUUUGAUACUUCUAAAUUCCUUAAGGUCGAAGUCUCUACAAUGUUGAUUUAAUUAAUAUUUGUGUAGGGGAGAGGACACUUUCUGUACCAUCCCAAAAAUGUAUUAUGUUAAUUCACAUUUGAAAUGUAAUGAUGCUGAAUAAUUGUUGAAUAAAUAUGUUUAAACCUUA